ACAGAGGAGCAGCAGGAGGACCGCUGAGAAAUAUCGGGGUACAUUAUUCAAAAUAAACAGCACUGUCUGAAUGGAAUAAUGUCAACGAGCGUGCGAGAAAAUUAAACUCUUCAUUUUAAUUAGUACGCAUUCUUCAGGUAGUACUUUAUGGAAUUAUAUUGGGAUGCGUUUUGGGAGACUCACUGGCCAGUCAGUUCACAGGAUGAAGUCUCAUGGAAAAUCUCAACACCAACCGACUGAAAGACAUUUGGAGUUUGCUUCCAUAUGUUUUUCUAUGAAUUUUCUAGUUUUGUCAUAGUUUAUUUUUCUGAAACUAAAUAGGUUUUAAGUUACAUUGGACAUUUUAAAGACACAAAAUCAUGCAUCUGGGCAAAGCACUUUUAUUCUUCCUUCUGUUAAAUAGUGUAACCACUAUCUUCUCCCUGUCCACCUGCACCACCGUGGACAUUGACAACAUAAAGAAGAAGCGAGUGGAGGCUAUUCGGGGUCAGAUCUUGAGCAAACUGCGCCUCACCAGUCCUCCUCAGGCUCUGGACCAAACUCAGGUACCCUAUCAGGUGCUGGCUCUCUACAACAGUACCAAGGAGCUGAUAGAGGAGCUGGGCAGGGAGAGACAGCAAAGCUGUGGUCAAGACAAUACAGAGACCGAGUACUAUGCCAAGGAGAUCCACAAGUUCAACAUGAUCCAAGGGACACCUGAAAACAAUGACCUUCCUUACUGUCCUAAAGGCGUGACAUCUAAAGUGUUCCGUUUCAACGUCUCAUCUAUGGAGAAGAACUCCACCAACCUGUUCAGAGCAGAAUUUCGGGCACUGCGAGUGCCAAACUCCAGUGCCCACAGGAAUGAGCAGCGCAUUGAGCUGUACCAGAUACUUAAAGCUGACGAGCACAUUGCGAAACAGCGGUAUAUCGGUGGGAAGAAUGUCCUGACCAAAGGGACGCCUGAAUGGGUCUCCUUUGAUGUCACUGAGACCGUCAGAGAGUGGCUUACACACAGAGAGACAAACCUUGGCCUGGAGAUCAGUGUACAUUGUCCCUGUCACACUUUCAACCCCAAUGGCGACAUCAUCGAGAACAAACACGAAGUGCUGGAGGUCCGAUUCAAAGGUAUGGAUGCAGAUUAUGAUGAGCCUCGUUUAGAUGUAAGCCGGUUAAAGAAGCAAAAGGAGCAAGUCUUACCCCACCUCAUCCUGAUGAUGCUGCCUCCCAACCGCCUGGACGUGCCACCUACUUCCAGAAGACGCAAGCGUGCACUGGAUACCAGCUACUGCUUCUCUAAUUACGAGGAGAACUGCUGCGUGCGCCGUCUCUACAUCGAUUUCCGUCAAGACCUGGGCUGGAGAUGGAUCCACGAACCUAAGGGGUACUACGCCAACUUCUGCUCAGGACCAUGCCCAUAUUUGCGCAGUGCUGAUACCACACACAGCUCGUUGCUGAGCCUGUACAACACUCUGAACCCAGAAGCAUCAGCUUCACCCUGCUGUGUGCCUCAGGACCUCGAGCCUCUUACCAUCCUCUACUACGUGGGACGAACACCUAAAGUGGAACAGCUUUCCAACAUGAUUGUUAAAUCCUGCAAGUGCAGCUGAGAGCCUGGACGUGAAUGGCAGCCCCCAAAAAACUCACAGCAUGAAUCAGGGAGUCAGGGAAGCCAGAACUGGACUUAUAUAUACCUCUGUGCAUCCAUUUUUGUUUUACUGAGACCCUGGAGCAUGAUGCUUUCAAACACUACAUUGCUAACAAGUUUUGUUUUAAGGGGGUUUUGCCAUCAAAUGCUAAUCGGACCUCAGCAUAAACCAUUUGGACUGUUUGUUUUCUUCAUUUUUCUGUAUUUGUACCUCUUGCACCUGUACCUCUUGCUUUUCCACCACACGUCUCGGGCAUUUCUGAACCAGCUGAGUGACGUCAGAUAGACAAUGCUGUUUUAGUGAUUUAUGCAGGAGCUGCUUUAUUCACAGUGACUCAGCAGCGGCGAUCAAGACACAAAGGAGGAUUGAUGAUGCCUGCUGGAGUUCUACAACAGAAAAACUUAAUGUUGUCUGCCUGCAGUUGUUGGGUUUGUGUUGUGCUGUGGUUUGCAGUGUGCCACACUGUUUGUUCACAAUACAGGCGAACAGCCAACAAUGCAAAUGUCACAAAUGGUGUAAAUAAUGAUAAACAUGCUGGAAUGCUAAUUUUCAAAAAAUGUUUUGUUUCAAGUGUUUACCUCUGUUACACACCAGAAUCUGAGCUUUGAGGAUAUUUGAUUAUUGGGCCUUAAUGGAAAUAAUGUAUGACACCAUGUGAACCUAAAACUGUAAAUGUUUUUACCUGCUAUUACCC